GCUCCCUGCUGGUGGCCUCUGAGGUUUGGAGAGAUGGAGAACAGCCCAAGUCCUGGGGCGUCUACACCUGCAUCUGGGGGCCUGGAAGGACCUCUUGACUUCCAGCUUCAGAUCAGCUCAGCUCUAGCCUUUGCAGCAGUUGGAGGAGGAAACCAGUGGGUCGAGAACUCUGUCUCACCCUCUCUCCCCUCUCUCUCUUUAAAACCCACAUUUUGAGUGAGAAAAAAGGUCUGUCACGGAUGGGGUUGUUCCUGAAGUUGAGGAUGUGCUGGUCUCAGGGGGCGGCCCUUGGCCUCCAUGCUGGGUGUCUGGAUGCUGAGGGCCUUGCAGCCAGGCAGGCCCUGAAUCACGGGGCCUUCACCAAGGGCAGUGUCAAGGCCGCAGGUGGGAGGCAGGCACCUGCCCCCCCCCCCGGGCUAGGAAGCGUGCCGGCUGACUGUUAGGGACAUCAGUCUUUGUAGAGAUGACUGCUUCUUUCCUACAUAGGAUGUAGUAGCUAGAGCCUCUCUUCCCACGGCCGAGCUCGAACCGAAGGCACAGAGAAGCUGGGUUCUGGAGGAACUCUGUGCAGAGCUGUGGGCACUGGCGACGGUGGGUGGCGUGUGAGUGACAGAGGCAUGCAAUGUUGAUAGGGUCACUUCUGGAGUCACUGGUGCAGCCUGAGAAAAGCUAGAUCAAGGACAGCCACGCCUGCUCAGUUGACCUACCAAGCUCCCGGGAGGCGUGUGGGCCCCCGAAACGUGCUGUGCUGGCACGGCCACUGACUGUGCUGGCGGUAGACUGGCGCUGUGCUAGAUGCUUUAAAUCUUGAAUUAGUGCAGUAAGAAUGAAGUAAAAGUCUACAGUUCCAUCCCCCACCUCCACUUGCCUAGUCUCUGUUAGCUGUUUGUGCUGAGAGGUUUUUAGUAAAGGUAUUGCUGAACUGUCCUGUUGACUGAGCCCUCCUCUGCCUCCACCCCAGGGUAUGGAAGCCGCUGGCUGACUUAAAAAUCCCUGCGUUUCACCAGUUGGGAGACGUCCCAGAAAAAGGCACAAUGUCAACAGCCGGCGUGGCUGCUCAAGAGAUUAGAGUCCCAUUAAAGUCUGGAUUUCUGCAUAAUGGCCAAGCCAUUGGGAGCAUGAAGACCUGCUGGGGCAGUCGGAGAGAGCUGGACAACAACUUCCUAACUCUCGACCCAGUCACCAUGGCCUGCAGUGUGAACCCCACUGCUCGGAAGCACCUGCGGGCUCUGGGGCACACGUCAAGGUCUGCUCCAGUGAACGGCCACUGCUUUGCAGAAAACGGCCCAGCAGCAAGACCCAGCUUGCCGCCUCUUCUUCUCGCCCCCAGUGAGAGCUCGGGGCAGCGUGAGGAGGAUCAGCUGGUGUGUGGCAUGAAGAAGCUCUCGGUGAACGGAGCGGCUGCCUCCACGCCUCCGCUGACGCCCGUGAGAGCCUCCCCUUCGCUCCUGCCCUGUGCCGCUCUCGGCGAGCGGGGCUCCAGGCCCCUGCCCCCGCUGCCCAUCUCCGAAGACCUCAGUCUGGACGAGACGGACUGUGAGGUGGAAUUCCUGACUAGCUCAGACACGGACUUGCUCCUGGAGGACUGUAAACCUUCUGAUUUCAAGUACGACCUUCCUGGCAGACGAAGCUUCCGUGGGUGUGGGCAGAUCAACUACGCCUAUUUUGACACUCCAGCAGUUUCUGCCACAGACCUCGACUGUGCGCCUGACCAAGGUGGAAGCGUGCCACAGCCCAACCCCCCGCCCCCACAAGCCCACCGGAGGCUGAGAAGGUCUCACUCAGGCCCGGCCGGCUCCUUUCACAAGCCGGCCAUACGGGUAUCCAACUACGCACACGCAGCCUCUCCCAACUCCGACGAAGACAAGCCCGAGGUGCCCCCCAGGAUCCCCAUCCCUCCCAGGCCGGCAAAGCCCGAUUACCGGCGUUGGUCGGCAGAGGUGACGUCCAGCACCUACAGCGACGAGGACAGGCCCCCCAAGGUGCCCCCCCGGGAGCCUGUGUCCCGGAGCAACUCGCGCACGCCGAGCCCCAAGAGCCUGCCUUCGUACCUCAACGGGGUCAUGCCCCCGACACAGAGCUUUGCCCCUGACCCCAAGUACGUCAGCAGCAAAGCGCUGCAGAGACAGAACAGCGAGGGCUCAGCCGGUAAGGCUCCCUGCAUCCUGCCCAUCAUUGAGAACGGCAGGAAGGUGAGCUCCACCCACUAUUACCUGCUGCCCGAGCGGCCGCCCUACAUGGACAGGUACGAGAGGUUCUUCAGGGAAGCGGAAGAAGUGGGCACGAGCGCCCACCUGCAGCCCUUGCCUGCCGACUGCAGAACGGUCUCCACCAUGGAGAAGCUGGACUCCAAAGCCAGGGUGCAGCUGGGCGGCCACGGGAAGCGCAAGCACCCCGCCUAUGUGGUGUCCCCGUAGACGGGGCUCCACGCGGGGAGGGCGCCGCAGCUCUCACCUUGCCAGCUGGACCGAGGCUCACAGCGAAGUGUUGCUGAUUGCGAAAUCGAGUUGUUGAACUCUGUCUUAAUGAGAGGCUGAGGGCGGUCGGGAGGUGCUGUGAGGCCAAGAACCCCGAGUCGGUUAGCGUUGGAGAGAAGCGUGUCCGAGGCGGUGAUCCCGAGCCGUGACAGCAGGGCGGGGAGGAGAGGCGGCCUUGCUGUGUGUGCGUGCGUUAGGUUCCCUUGUAGACACUUGUGGUCCAACCGUAGGCUGUAGUUGCAGGCUAACCAGACAGUUACUGUCCUAGAGUAAUAUAUAUCCAGCAGGCUAGAGACUCAAGCGGCAGUGAGCAGAGGAAAGGAGAAGCGGUGUUGUCAUGCCAGCGAGGUUCCUUGGUGAGCGUGAAGAAUCCUGGCCUCGCAGCCUGUUCUCUUGCAAGCGGUCCUGUUUGGCACCGUGUUCUCACACUGAAGAGCGCAAAGCUGAGUUAGCCAGUGUCGUUCCUUGCAGCCCCUGCCGGCUCCCCAGGCCACUGAAGCGGGAGACAGGAGGGGUGUGCGGGUCGCUGGGAGAGCCCCGCGUGGGGCGUGCAGAGCCACGCCGCAGCGGUCAGCUCUGCGGCCGAGAGGGGCCGUGUGCGGAUGCGUGUCACGUGUUUUGUUUUUUUAGACUGUAUUAAUGAUAAACAAGUACAACACAAGCUGGCCUUGUGUUGCUGGUUCCUAUUCAGUAUUUCCUGGGGAUUGUUUGCUUGUUAAGUAAAACACUUCUGACCAGUAGCACAGUACGUCUUAAUUCCAGAGGUCACGUCAGCGUCUUUUUGCUUGGAAGCUCUCACUGCCUCCCCCAGGCCCGGUGGGCCCGGAGCUCGGGCCGUGUGUGCCCAGCGUUGCGGGCUGUGUCUUGUGUAGGCAGGCACGAGAGAUUGUUGGCCCAACAGGGGCCUGUGACUACAACAUUCUCUUAACAGUUAAACAAGCUGUUUACAGUUUAAACUGCUGAAUGAUAUUUGAGCUAUUUAAAGCUUAUUAUAUUUUAGUAUGAACUAAAUGAAGGUUAAAACAUGCUUUAGAAAAUGCACUGAUUUCUGCAUUAUGUGUACAGUAUUGGACAAAGGAUUUUAUUCAUUUUGUUGCAUUAUUUUGAAUAUUGUCUUUUCAUUUUAAUAAAGUUAUAAUACUUAUUUAU